GAAAGUGUCGCGAAAUUGCUUAAUAUCGUUAAUGUCGAUUGUCGCGGAGAUAGAUCUUUCGAAGAACAUUAUCAAAGAACAUCCAACUGUUGUUUUCAGAAGAAAAUCACCAGAUUUACGUAUACUUCGUUUCAAAGGUGUCAACGAAAUUUCGAUUCGAGUCGUCAACGUGUGAAAAAGGAAGGAAAGUAUCAGGAAGAAGGCGGGCGUAGCCUCAAGUUCUCUAGAAGAACGUCGCCACAAAUAUUGUUCCUGAAGAAUGAGGACAACUAUUUGGACACCCGCGGCAAUUUGAUCAAAAAGUUGAUAUUUCUCUCAUAUUUUCAAAGUUAUCAUCGAACAAUGUUUCUCUACCGUUGAUUCUUUGCUUCUUGCCAUAACCGAGGUCGAAUGUUCCGCUGUUAAACUGAAACAAGAAUGUUUAUCCGUAGUAGAUAGCAGGUACUUCACGCACCUGCACAUUUAGUUGCACCAACAUGGUAUAAUCAAGCAUUUUUUUAAAUUUUACAUCGACUUUCUGAAAAAUACAGACAGACUCAUAAUGGAACACGAUCGAUCUCGCGUCACCAUCUGCGCGAAAUAUGAAAGCGUUAAAGCCAAAGAAAAUAAUCAAGCAGAAAAGAAGCUUCAAAGUAAAGUAUAAAGUAAAGUAAUCGGAACAAAUUCAGAGAGAAGAAAAAGUGGAAAUGAGCGCCCGAAACGAUAACAGAUCACCCAUACAAGGAUAAACGGUGGCUAAAAAAGAAGACGAGAAAAAGAAAAAGAAGAAGGAAAGAAAGGAUCGGAGUAAAAAGAUUGUAAAGGUGAAGAAGCAGGUGAAACGACAGUACGAACGAAGCUUAUGGGGGUAAAGUGAGUUGAACGCGAGCAGAGGAUAAAUAAGGACGAGCAAAACGUGGAGGCAGAGGAGAAGAGAGAGGAUAAUGGUGGCGCAUGCUCCUCCUCGUUGUGCACGUAUCGUGGAGCAGGCAGUUGCCCUCGUCGGCUCCAGGUACACGCGAAAAUCCAUAUCGCCGCCGUGUAGCGUCUCCUACGGCCGUUGACAGACUUCGCGGACACGCCAGAACCUCUCGAUCGGGCGUCGCAGUGAGCGUCGCGACGCAGCUUCCUCGACACUUUCGCGCCGCUCCUACGGAGUAGCCUCUUACACUGUUUCGAGCACGUGCCUCAAACAGUCGCAUGUCACUGCUCGCCGGCGGUAUAUUAAACUUGAUACGGAAUUAACUUUCAAACAAUAUUUCACCAGUUUUCAAGCUCAUUUGUUUUCAUCGAUAGCAUUUAUUUGAAAGAAACCCGCCUCGUUUGGGAAACCAAGUGGUAAUUAGGAGAAAUUGGAAAGGACGCUGCUAGGUCGAAGGAUAAAUAGAUGGGAAUUUCAAAGAUAUUAUUUAUAUCUUAAGGAAGUUGGUCGUUCGAAGUAAAGUGUUAUUUAGAGAUAAUUAAAAAAUAUGUAUCGUUUGGAAGAAGGAAGUGGUACUUAAAAAUAGUUGGAGGGAUAGACGUUGCUGAAUCAAAAUAUGAAUGUAAAUAGAAAUGUUAAUAAUAUUAUUUGUUUUAAGGAAAUUUAUUCGUCGGAAGAGCGGAAGGAUAUUUAAGAGGAAUCGAAAGAUCGGACGUCGCUAAAAUUAUGGAUAAAUAUGAAUUUCGAAGAUAUUUAUCAUAGAGGAAUAUGAAUUACAAAAAUAUUAUUUAUUCGAAACAAAUUGAUCGUUUGGAGAUACACAGUGGUAAUUAGGAGCUAUUAAAAGGUGCUUAUUGUGGAACGCUGCUGAAUGAUAAUACAAAUGAACAUGAACUGCUCGCAAAAGUAUCGUUUAUUUCAAGGAAAUUCAUCGCUUGAAGAAAGGAAAUAUUAAAUGGGAACAAUGGAAAGAUGUUUUUAUAAAAGCAUGAACAAAUACGAAGGAGAUAAGUGCUAAUUAGAAAUAAAUCGCAAGAUGUUUAUGGAAUUAUGAAUAAACAUAAAUACUAAGGAUGUAGUUCAUCUCGAAAAGGUUUGUCCUUUAAAGCGAUGAUUUAAUAUGAACAAGUAUAACUAUCGAAGGUAUUAUUUACCCCAAAACAGGUAAGGAAAAAACGCGGUAAUGAAAAAGUCAAUGAAAAAGUCGAACAUGGUUAAAUUGGUACACGAAUAAUACGUGUGAACACCUACGUUCGAGGAACAUUUGUAAAACGCGAACACAGAAGAUCGGAAGCUGAUGGAAGAGAUAGCAAUAGCGUAUUGGAAAAGAAAGUCGAUGGUAUUCCACGAGGAACGAUAAAUGUAAAAAGUUGGACUACUGUCGCGUAGAGGUAACCAAAGAUCCGUGAAACGAAGAAUCGUAAGAAACCUGGCAAGGUUUCAGGCGAAACUUUGUUAAGAUUUCCAAGAAAAUAAAAGAAUCUUCGAGGUGGUGUAAUUUGUACGUUGUAGAGACACCGAGUCACACGAGGAACGUACUUUCAGAGAGGAUUUUACGAUGGUAUCGCGGAAAGGAUAGCCAGUUGGAAAGAGUCGCGUCUACGAAAGGAUUAGGAAACGGGAGCCUAACUUGUAGACCAGGUUAACAAAUAGCUAAAUUACAAAGUGAAUGGACCAAGUUUUGAAACUCAUUUACGAAACUACCGACUAUCAAUUAUAAGGAGCUGUGAACUUCCUUCUAUCUUCGAAGGAGUCGGUAAUAACCCCUGGUAUCGACGAAUACCAUUCUCCGGAGCAGUUGAAAUCAGGCAGGAAUACGCGCUUUAACCGAGUGGGUUCUCGAAACAUCUCCCUCGAGAGUUUGCCGAUAGUCUCUCGCGAAAUUAGUACACUAUCGAAACGUGGAACUGAUCGAAGCCGGCCUUUGUUACUGGUUUUCAGCGCGAUGCUCGCGACGUUAACGCGCGGACAAUAGGCGAACUUCGUCUCCAACUGUUAGUGCUGGAUCUGAUGGACGCCUUGCCGCCAGUAGUUCGGUAAUUGGCUUUGCGUUUCAAGCGGUUCGCCUAAUGGCUGUCGAGUGCCGUUUUCAAACGGAUCGACCACUUGCAGCAGACUGUUUUAUAAACCGUACUACUCGUACCACUGUACGUUAUCAUAUUUAGAGCGCAAAAGCUAGACCGUCGAGGAUUUUAAGAUCAAAGAACGUUUAGUAAAUGGAAGGCUAGAGAAAUAGCAACGAACCAAAAGAAAAUUCCUUGCUCUAGAAAAGGAAGCAUUUCCAAGCCCGUCAUAAGUCAUUCUGAUUUCGUUGUGUUCCCAGAAAUUACAAAACGAAGGCUCUCACCUUCCGGUUAGACUCCGUGUAACCGAGAUAUUCCGAAGCUGGGAAGCUCCGGUGAGAUCAACUCGUGAGAUCAGAGGACAUCAAAGAGCAAUCCUAUGUCGCGGUAUCCCGUGCCUGGAGCGCGGAAUUUAACGGGCUUGCGAGGAUUUCCGGAAACUCCAUUCGAUCGUAACAUUUCGAUAUAUAGAUAAAUAUAGAGAGAAGUUUUCUGAUAAGGUCUUGUACAACGUAUUAACGGGAAUCGAAAAGAUACCAAAUAGAAAUCCUAAGGAAAAAGCGUGUGUGCGAGGAUGAAACGAUCCUCGGGAUCUUUUUAUCGUUACGCUCUCGCACUCUGAUAUUGUACGAAAGGAAGAAAAAAAGGUCCUUGAGAAUUAACCCGUGGAAUUCAAUGACUGCGAGGUAAAAAAUACGUUUGCUUGAUCGUAAUAUUUCCAGAUCAUUUUCAAUAUCGUAAAUAGAUAAGAGAAAAAAAGAAGAAGCGUGCGUAUUAAAUCUGAAGGAGAGAGAGAGAGAGAGAGAGAGAGAGAGAGAGAAAAUUAAACGAGUUCUAGAAACCCCUAAUUUAUAUGUCAAAAAAUUCAAGAAGCUUUGUAUGAUCAUAUUUCGAAAUGUGAAUGGACAUAUUAUAUACUUCUCGAUUAUAUCUUAUAUCAGGUAUUAACGAGGACGAAGACAGGAUACGAGCAGAAAUUCGCGUGAGCGUGCGUAGAAAGAUUAAAGACUCUUUGGGGCCCUCUCGUUGUUACGCUUGCCCUGUGUUCUUCGAGUAAAAGGAGGAAAAGGACUCCUCUAGGAUUAACCGACCCUCCUUUAAUGGCAAAGGAUUUAGGAGGAUCAGCGAGCAUUAGUCGGCAAAUCUCGCGGUUGGCCAGGAAUACUAUCUUCGGUCUCGUUUCUCGCGAAGAACACCAGGUUUGGGGAAAUAAUUGCGUGUCGGUCGGUCGGUGAAAAAUAGAGUCCCUAGAGAUUAACCGCGCGUCUUUAUAGAACUACGUGAAGGGAAUGAUCCGCUCGUAAUCGACGUUUUCGCCGCGUGCCACACAUUUCACGACCUUGUCUACGACUACUGCUCGAAACCUAAACGACGUAUAAUGGUCCUUGUUAUGUCCUUGUGAAACGCAAAAUCACGUUGCGCUCCUCGAAAAAUUUUCAAAAAUCAACGAUGCGUAACGCGUAAUGAUAACGAAUCAACGACAUCGCGAUAUCUUCUUCUAAGAGGAACAUGGUACACUUAUAAACCGAGAAAUAAUUCCUAUAAACAAUUCGGCAAGGGCGCUGGGCUGCUAUAAAGAUAAGAGGGAAUCCGUGUUGUUUUCACUUUUUGCUUCCGCUCGAACAAAGUCGAGUCUGGCGAAAAGGAAGCAACUUGAUCGAGAAGACGAAUAAGACGAACAGUGUUUAGUUUGUGGCCGGUAUGGAGUGGCAAGAGAAUAACGAGAGCGUCUUCGACACCGGCAAUUACGUGCUGAACACUUUGUAUUAUAUCAGCAAGCUGAACGAAUCGGUGAAUCCCGAGGCGAUCAAGUGCCUCGAGCGCAAACAGGAAGAGCUGCAGCUGUUGUCUCUUGGGACGCAGCAGGAGGAUCAAGGAUGCGAAAUCAGCUGGGAUUCUUUAUUGUGUUGGCCGAGAACACCUCCCGGUACACUGGCCACGCUACCGUGCUUCGAGGAACUGAAUGGGAUACGCUACGACAGCAGCCAGAACGCGAGUCGCUGGUGCAGGCUAGACGGUAAUUGGAGCAACUAUACCAACUACAGCCUCUGCCGAGAUCUCCGCGUGCCAGAGAUCGAGGGCAGUGUCGAGGUUAUUUCAAACACGAUCUACUUCGUUGGAUACAGCAUCUCCUUGUUUACACUGAUCAUCGCCGUUUCUAUCUUUCUUUAUUGCAAGGAACUCAGAUGCAUCAGAAACAACAUACACACGAACUUGAUGUUUACCUACAUCCUUGCAGACCUGAUGUGGAUUCUAAACAACGUGAUGCAGGUGUCCAUGCAACCGGACGUGCCAACCUGUAUCGUUUUCCUGUCUCUGCUGAAUUAUUUCCAAUUGACUAAUUACUUUUGGAUGUUCGUAGAAGGCCUGUAUCUGUUCCUAUUGGUCGUCAAGACUUUCACAGGCGAUAAUAUCAAGUUGAGGCUGUGUCUUGUUAUAGGAUGGGGAAUACCAGUCCUCUUCAUCGCCAUGUGGGGUAUCGCCAAAUCGUUGGAUCAAAGUAUCAUGAUCCAACCAAAUCAGGAAGUUGCAUUGGGCAAGCACUGUCCCUGGAUGGUGUCACAUGCUUACGACUGGUUCUACCAAGCCCCCGCUAUUUUGGUGUUAUGCGUCAACGUGAUGUUUCUUUUCAUGAUAAUGUGGGUGCUGAUAACAAAGCUCUGGUCAGCAACGAACGCAGAAACCCAGCAAUAUCGAAAGGCGAGUAAGGCGUUACUCGUGUUGAUACCUCUCCUUGGAGUAACUUACGUGCUGGUACUGACGGGACCAACGGAGGGUCAGGUUGCUAAUGCAUUCUCUUACACUCGAGCCGCGUUCCUUUCUUCACAGGGCCUGUUCGUCGCGUUAUUUUAUUGUUUUCUAAACACCGAGGUUCAAAAUACAGUGAAACAUCAUAUCGAACGAUGGGCAACAGCUCGCGAUCUGGACACAGAAAGAAGGUAUUAUAACAAUUGGUCUCCCCGUUCGAGAACAGAGAGUAUAAGAUUGUACUGCCCACCGUCAAACCCAUACAGAAAAAGGGAUUCAUCCGUAAGCGAGACGACCACAACAACCGUAAUAGGAUUAAACUCGACGACCACAUUCCUAGAUAAAUCGAAAAAGGCUAUUUCGGAGGAUCUGAACGAAUAGGAACAAUUCUGAUCUCGCCAACCGAUUAGAACCAUUAUCGAAGAAUCUGUUAAACAUUCUUCUUUUGAAAAAAUAUUCUUAAGCAAAUGAAGAUCUAAGAGAUACCAAUCUUCUUUCUUUGCUUGUAAGUGUCAUUUUCUUUUUAUCUGAUCGUCAAAGAAAGAAAUAAUUAUUUGGGAAGAUGGAGAAUUGUUAUUUAUUAUUUGAAGGAUGUUUACGUUUGCCAGUGUGAAAUAUUUUGAGCAAGAAUAUGUAUAAAAAAGUAAAUUGAUUGUUAUGAAUUUUACAAAUGUUGGAAACGAGAGGGAAGCAGUCAAGGGUGCGACAUAUUGAAAUAUAUACUUUGUCACAGAAUUAUUCAUAAAAUAAUGGAAAUUAAAAAGAUAAACAUAUUUAUAUAUUAUGAUUUAUACUUUUUGAUAUGUUUUCACUUUCUUUCGUUUUAAAAAUAAAACGAAUUUUUAUUAUUCUGGAAUUAGCAUUUUUUCAAUAUAGUAUUUGUAUAAAUUAAUUGCAUUGUAAUAUGAUAGAAAUUGAUUGUGAAUGGAUGAUUAAAUUUUCUUUUUUUGAUACGAUUUCUUUCUUUCAUUGCCAAAAUAUACACGUAAUAUACACGGAAACAAAUGAAAUAAAAAAAAAAAAGUGGCGACAUUCAAUCUUUUUAGUUUUGUUUUUUGGUUUCAUUUUCAAUUUCACAAUCAACCAUUUCAUUUCCAAGAUAUUCAUAAAAUUACCGAUAAUUAAAUUAACUCUACAAUUGAUAUUUUCCUGAAAUGUACUUGAUAUAUGCGUCAAACUAUUUAAUGUAUAAAAUAUAAAAUCCUUUUUUUCUGAAAUAACAAAUCUCCUGAGGACUCUUAAACUCCUGCAAGUUUUGUUUAAAGCACAAACAAACAAAAACAACGUCGGAUAUAUCUCUAAAAUAAAAAUAUUAGAUUUCUCUCUUCCGUCAAUCGUAAAAUUUGAUUUAAAACACAGAAAAACGAACAAGUCCACAAGAAUAUUUCUCAGAUCUUUAGUGCUCCACAACAGCGUCAUUUUCAGGGGAACAAUAUAUCGUAUUGAUUCGUCGUAAGGAAUGGUUGGAGAAAUUAAAAAAGAUCUGAGGAUAUACAACAAUGCAUCGAUGCUUUUAUUUGGAAUUACCAUUUUCGUUAGGAAAAGGGUAGCCUCACAUUCUUGCCCAUUCACACGUUCCAUUCGUGCUUCGCCACUUUCGCCUCCUCCACAUUCGCGUCACUCCAUUUUCUCUUCUGUUCUUUUUUACUCUCCUUUUUGUUUUUUUUUUCUUUUUUUUAAUCUCAUUACUUCUUUUCACGUCUGUUCAGCUCAAGAGAAACACGAACGCGUUCGAAUCAGAGGGAAAUCAAUUUCCCUGUUUAAAUUCUACGAUACCCAUCAUUCAAAUUUCCACAAGUGGACUCCUGUAAAAAAGAAAAAUCCGUGAGAAUUCUUUUUUUACUCUCCCUUUUUUCUAUGAUACAUUAUCAAUUUUUUUCGUCGUUCUAUUAUCGUCAAACAUAAAAAUUUCGAUUUUCUGAAUUUGAAAUCAAAGUUUGCAACGUAAAAGGACAAAGAAAUUCCGGAAGAGAAAUUAGCAAUUCAAACUGGGUGAUAGUUCUAGAAAUGAAAUACUGUUAAUAUACAUAUAUAUGUUUUAUUUUCUUUUUAAAUGUAUUUUAUUGUUUAAUAAUAAAUGUACUAAAUAUAUAAUAAUAUGUAGAUAUAUUAUAAAUUAAUAAAUAUAUUAAAAAUGUUUUAUUAUAUUUUUAUAUUUAUUAUACACGUAUAUGUAUAUUUAUAGUUAAAAAGUGGAAAAUUGCUUUCUACUAUUAUUAAAAUUUUCUGCUAUUCUACCCAGUUUCGAUUGCGAUUAAAAAAAGAAUAAAAGAAUCGUUAAAAAUAGCUCUAUUGUCAGAAACGUACAUUAGCAUAGCUGUAUGUGUUGAUAUCUCUGGUGCGGAUUUAAUUAUUUGGAAAAGAAAAAGGGCAGAAUUUUUUAGUAUUAAAUGAACUUCGUUAAGUUACCUUACAUGCGAAAACAUAUAAAUAUCCGCACAAAAAACUAUUUCAACACAAAAACUUGGCUACUACACCGUUAAGUAUUUACGUUUGUCCAUAAUUGACAUUUAAAAAUUAUAAAAAAAUUAACUAAAACAAUAAUAAAUAAUACGUUUAAGGAAAAUAUAUCUUUUAGCUUCAUCGUGUUACUAUUACAAAUUUGUGAUCGUCCUUGUUAAAUAUAAUUUUUGUUUUGAAAUACAAAUAAAAAAGUAUUUGUAAGUAAGUAAAGUAUUUGUAUCAAUAUUUUAAUAAGAGAGAAAAAGUAUUUAUUAUUAUAACAAACUGUUAAUGAAAACAUUAUUUAUUUUGACUCCAUUGUAAGCAUGAAAGCUUUAUUGAGUAUCGAAAAUAUAUUGUAAAUACUUAUUAACAAUCGCUUCCGUAAAACGUUGGGCAUCACUAUAUUCCCAAGUCCGUGUACAUAUCGCAAACUUUUCCAUUUCACGUUAUUUAGUGAUAUCAGAUGACCGACUAUCGUAUUUUACAUGUAUCAAGAUUUAUAAAACGUGUUACACAAUAUCGUACAUGAUGCGUGUGCUUGUGCUUGUAUCUAUAAAAGUUUCAAGAACAUUACAAUAAUCGACACUAUAUUAGAAACAAUUCGUUCCGAUUAUCUUUGGAGAAAUAUAUAUAUAUAUAUAUAUAUAUAUAUAUAUAUAUAUAUAUAUAUAUAUAUAUAUACACACACAUACACAUAUGUAUGUGUGUGUGUGUAUAAAAGAAAAAUAAAGUAAUAUUAUGCCCAAUAGUAACAGAAGAGUACGUUACUCGGGGUUUAAAUUUUGUCCAAAGAUCCAAGAAGAUAAUUAUUUUUAAGUAGCUAUGAGGUGAAAAACCGAAGAAAUGGUACCUGAUAUGUCGUAAAACUUUAUUUUUGCGUUGAAAUAUAAUCAAAUGAAUUUGUAUUUUGUACAGAUUGAAGUUUAACAUAAGUUAAUCAGUCCAAAACUAUUAAUAUUAAACAGGCUAAAAAUGAUAGGAAAAUGAAAAUAUAUUGAAUAAUAUCAAACACUCUUAAUAACCAUGAAGCUAUAUAUAAUUUAAAAAUUUUCUUAGCAAUAUAUGUGUAUAUUAUAAUAUAAUUUAAAACUUGUAUAAAAUUUGUAAAAUAUUCGAUAAUUUUUAGUAAAUAAAUGUACUAUAAUUUCGUUUCAUUUGUAAAAAUGGUACAGUGUAAAACAUCAGAUAAAAUAAUGUGACAGACACAUGAUCUUUGGACCUUAAGAAAUCACCCCCUAAAUAACGCUAUCACUUAACAUUUAUUUUAUUAUGAAUCAGGCGAUCCGUAUAUGUUUAUUAAAUAACUUCAUAUAUACAAAUUUGUAUAGAGACAAAUUAGAGAAGAGUCAUGAAUGGUAUAUGUUAUUCAAUGUGUUGUCGUUUUAAACUACCAUUUAAUAUAUGCCUAUCGAUGUAAGAACACAGUUCUAUUAAGACAACAUGUCUUAUGUUACGGUAAAUUGGACUAAAUUGUUUAUGAUAAUAAAUUCAUUCGAUAAAAAUGAUUAGAUGUCGUCUAUCACGAACUACAAAUAUAUACCAUAAGCAGUCGAAAGGAUUUCGACUUUCUUUUCAGUGGAGAACAAAUUUAUCAAGCUAGAUAGUUAAAAUGCAUAUUAUUAUUGUUACUGAAAAGGAGACUAGUUUGCAAUUACAAUUUUUAACAACAAAAACACAACAGAAUCGACAGGAUAAACUUUGAAUAAAAUUUAAAAAUGUUAAAAAUUAGAAGAAAUGUAAUCUUCUAUAUGGAAUGUCAUAACGAAAAAGCAAAAUGUACUAAAAAGAAAACGGUACUAUUGUUUAAAUUACAAACCUAAUGUAUGUAUGAAUUAUCUUUGUUUUCUUUCACAUCCAAUGUUAAUUUAAUAUUACAUUAACAACUGCUAUAAUGUUCACAUUGUUAUUGUGACCACUUUAUGUAAGACCUAACAAUACUUUGUACAAGUUUUAUGAUACAAAUAUAUUACGACAAUUCAGUUUAUAUACCAUAUAACAUUAUACUUUUAGUGUUACACCUUUUAUGGAUUAAACCUUUUCUUGUAGAAGGCAAUGAUUUUAUUUAUAUGUAAUGUCAUUGAUAAAAGAAUCUGACUGCUUUCAAAUCCAAAAAUUCUUUUCACAU